GCCGCCGCCGCCGCCGGGGGAGGGGCGGCCGCCGCCCGCCUGCGCUGAGAGACUCACGCAGCCCCAGUCCCGCCAGUCCGCCAACACUGUAGUGCCAGCCCCCCCUCCUUCCCUGGCCCUUCCCCCUCCCCGCCUUUGGCUCGCUCCGCCUUUCUGCCCCCCACCCCCACUUCACGGGCACGGGCCAUUCCCGGCCAGGAAACGCCGUGGCGCCGCGUUGGGCCUAACUCGAGUCCUGCUGCCUCCCGGGAGUGCUGUGCGCCGCAGCCCGGGCCCAGGCCCCGGCAGCGCCUGGGACAAGGUCUUCAGAGCUACUGGCAGAUAAUUUUGGGGGACUUCAUAUUUGGAGGUCUAUAAAAAGGAAUCCUCAUGUCCGUAACAUGUUGGUUAAGGCUGUGCAGCUCACCCCCACUCUCAGAGUGGCCAGUCUCCAUUAAUAGGACCCCGUGAUUUCCACUCUGUGCUGUAUUGGACGUCAUGAGCAUUGCAAUCCCUCUGGGAGUCACCACACCAGAUACAUCCUACUCAGAUAUGGCUGCUGGAUCAGACCCUGAAUCUGUGGAGGCUAGUCCAGCAGUUAAUGAGAAGAGCGUGUAUUCCACUCAUAAUUAUGGGACCACUCAGAGGCAUGGGUGUCGAGGACUGCCUUAUGCUACGAUCAUCCCUCGUUCUGACCUGAAUGGCCUGCCGUCGCCCGUAGAGGAACGCUGUGGAGACAGCCCGAACUCUGAAGGAGAGACUGUUCCUACCUGGUGUCCUUGUGGUCUUUCUCAGGAUGGCUUCCUUCUCAACUGUGACAAGUGCAGGGGAAUGAGCAGGGGGAAGGUUAUUAGACUUCAUCGGCGGAAGCAGGACAACAUAUCAGGUGGGGAUAGCAGUGCAACAGAAAGCUGGGAUGAGGAGCUUUCUCCUUCCACUGUGUUGUACACAGCAACACAGCACACACCUACAAGCAUCACCUUAACUGUUAGAAGAACCAAACCCAAGAAGCGGAAGAAGAGUCCAGAAAAGGGUCGUGCAGCAGCAAAGACGAAGAAAAUCAAGAAUUCUCCUUCUGAAGCACAGAAUUUAGAUGAGAAUACAACUGAGGGAUGGGAAAAUCGGAUAAGACUAUGGACUGAUCAGUAUGAAGAAGCUUUCACUAAUCAGUACAGUGCAGAUGUACAGAACGCCCUUGAACAACAUCUACAUUCUAGCAAGGAAUUUGUGGGCAAACCUGCUAUUUUAGACACUAUUAAUAAGACUGAAUUGGCCUGUAAUAAUACAGUUAUUGGUUCCCAAAUGCAGCUACAAUUGGGAAGAGUCACUCGUGUUCAAAAGCACCGGAAGAUCCUGAGGGCUGCGAGAGACUUGGCUCUGGACACUCUUAUAAUAGAGUAUCGAGGGAAAGUCAUGUUACGACAGCAAUUUGAGGUCAAUGGGCAUUUCUUCAAAAAACCAUACCCCUUUGUGCUCUUCUACUCAAAAUUCAAUGGUGUAGAGAUGUGUGUGGAUGCACGUACUUUCGGUAAUGAUGCUCGGUUCAUCAGAAGAUCAUGUACACCAAAUGCAGAGGUGCGACACAUGAUUGCAGAUGGGAUGAUUCACCUGUGUAUCUAUGCGGUGUCUGCCAUCACCAAAGAUGCUGAGGUCACCAUAGCAUUUGACUAUGAGUACAGUAACUGUAAUUAUAAAGUGGACUGUGCGUGUCACAAGGGGAACCGGAAUUGCCCUAUACAGAAAAGGAAUCCCAAUGCUGCAGAAUCACCACUCCCACCUCCAAGCUUACCCACUAUCGGAGCAGAGACAAGACGUAGAAAAGCACGACGGAAAGAGCUAGAGAUGGAGCAGCAGAAUGAGGCUCCAGAAGAGGAUAACAAUCAGCAACCAGAACAAGUUCCUGAGAAAGCAGCUGUGUCCAGUGACCAUGAGGAAAUAGACAAUCCAGAAGAAAAAGCAGAAGAAGAGAAAGAAGAGGUUACAGAUGACCAGGAGAACCCAGCUUAUAGCAGAAGGACCCGGGAAGAUAGGAAGGUCGAAGCCAUCAUGCAUGCUUUUGAAAACUUAGAGAAAAGAAAGAAGCGGCGGGAUCAUCAGCCCUUGGAACAAAACAGCUCUGACAUAGAGAUUACUACCACUACUUCAGAGGUCCCUGUGGGAGAAGAGGCAAAAACUGAAGCCCCUGAACCCGAAGUUAGCAACCCUGCUUCAAACAUGGCCAUCCCAAGCACCCCACAGAGUGUUGGAGUGAACACCCGGAGGUCUUCCCAAGCAGGGGAUGUUGCUGCAGAAAAACCAGUCCCCAAGCCACCUCCAGCAAAGCCUUCUAGGCCCCGACCGAAGAGUCGAAUUUCUCGGUACCGGACCAGUUCAGCCCAAAGACUAAAGCGUCAGAAGCAGGCCAUUGCACAACAGGCGGAGUUGUCACAAGCUGCCUUGGAAGAGGGAGGAAAUAACAGCUCUGUAACUCCUACUGAAGCUGGAAAUAUAGACAGUUCAGGAGAAAACAGGCUAUUAAUGGGGUCUGACCCAACUGUAGUAUCAGUUACUGGAUCCCAUGUCAACCGUGCUGCACCUAAAUACCCCAAAACCAAAAAGUAUCUAGUUACAGAAUGGUUGAAUGACAAAGCAGAGAAGCAAGAAUGCCCUGUUGAGUGCCCUUUACGUAUCACCACGGAUCCAACUGUACUGGCAACAACCCUGAACAUGUUACCUGGUCUUAUCCAUUCCCCAUUAAUUUGCACCACCCCCAAACACUACAUUCGCUUUGGCUCACCCUUUAUCCCUGAGAGACGUCGAAGGCCCCUUCUGCCUGAUGGCACCUUCAGCUCCUGUAAAAAGCGCUGGAUAAAGCAAGCCUUGGAAGAAGGGAUGACUCAAACAUCAUCUGUACCCCAAGAGACUAGAACUCAGCACCUAUACCAAAGUAAUGAGAAUAGUAACUCUUCUAGUAUCUGCAAAGACAAUGCAGACUUAUUGAGCCCAUUAAAGAAAUGGAAGUCUCGCUAUCUGAUGGAACAGAAUGUCACCAAGUUACUGCGGCCUCUUUCUCCAGUCACACCACCCCCUCCCAAUCCAGGCUCAAAGAGCCCCUCCCUGACCACACCUGGCCCAUCUCACCCAGAAGAGGAGUGUCGAAAUGGAUACAGCCUCAUGUUCUCACCAGUCACGUCUCUUACUACUGCUAGUCGCUGCAAUACUCCUCUGCAGUUUGAGCUUUGUCACCGGAAAGACCUGGACUUGACAAAAGUAGGCUACCUUGACUCCAACACUAACAGCUGUGCUGACAGACCUUCCCUGAUCAACUCAGGUCCUUCUGACCUGGCUCCUCAUCCCUCUAUCGGGCCCCCCUCUGAGACUGGCUUUCCAAGCAGGAGUGGAGAUGGACAUCAGACCCUUGCAAGGAACUCGGACCAGGCAUUUCGGACAGAGUUUAACUUAAUGUACGCCUACUCCCCAUUGAACGCUAUGCCUCGAGCAGAUGGAUUAUAUCGAGGGUCUCCCCUAGUAGGGGAUAGGAAGCCUUUACAUUUGGACGGGGGAUAUUGUUCCCCUGCAGAAGGGUUUCCCAGCAGAUAUGAACAUGGUUUUAUGAAAGACCUCUCUCGUGGAUCCAUGUCACCUGGUGGUGAGAGGGCUUGUGAAGGAGUCCCAUCUGCCCCCCAGAACCCACCGCAGAGGAAAAAGGUAUCCCUGCUGGAGUACCGAAAACGGAAACAAGAAGCCAAGGAGAAUUCGGCUGGUGGGGGAGGUGACUCUGCACAGAGCAAAAGCAAGUCUGCAGGAGCUGGGCAAGGCAGCAGCAACUCACUUUCUGACACUGGUGCCCAUGGUGUGCAGGGAUCCUCAAUCCGAACUCCAUCUUCCCCUCACAAAAAAUUCUCCCCAUCUCAUUCCUCUGUGUCCCAUAUGGAGGCGGUAAGCCCAUCAGAUUCCAGAGGCACUUCAUCUCACUGCAGACCUCAAGAGAAUAUCAGCAGUAGGUGGAUGGUUCCCACGUCAGUGGAACGACUCCGAGAAGGAGGGAGCAUCCCCAAGGUCCUCCGAAGCAGUGUGAGGGUGGCCCAAAAAGGGGAGCCUUCUCCCACGUGGGAGAGUAACAUCACAGAAAAAGACUCAGACCCUGCAGAUGGAGAAGGCCCAGAGACACUGAGCUCAGCACUCUCUAAAGGAGCAGCCGUUUACAGCCCUUCCAGAUACAGCUACCAGCUCCUGCAGUGUGAUAGUCCACGGACAGAAUCACAAAGCCUCCUUCAGCAGAGUUCCUCCCCCUUUAGAGGACAUCCCACCCAAUCUCCAGGAUACAGUUAUCGAACUACUGCACUGAGACCUGGAAAUCCCCCCUCUCACGGUUCUUCAGAAUCUUCCCUCUCUUCUACGUCCUAUUCCAGCCCUGCCCACCCUGUAUCCACAGACUCGUUGGCCCCAUUUACGGGGACACCAGGGUAUUAUAGCAGCCAGCCACAUUCUGGAAACAGCACUGGCAGCAAUCUUCCGAGGAGGAGCUGCCCUUCUAGUGCUGCUAGCCCUACCCCACAGGGCCCCUCAGACUCGCCGACCUCAGACUCGGUCUCCCAGUCCAGCACAGGAACUCUGAGUUCCACCUCCUUCCCUCAGAACUCUAGGUCGUCAUUGCCAUCAGACUUACGGACUAUCAGUCUGCCCAGUGCUGGGCAGUCCGCUGCCUACCAGGCCUCCAGGGUAUCUGCGGUUUCCAAUUCACAGCACUACCCACACCGUGGGAGUGGGGGUGUACACCAGUACCGACUCCAGCCGCUGCAAGGGUCAGGAGUCAAGACUCAGACAGGACUUUCCUAGGGCUUCUGGAUUUGGGCAAACAGAACUGAAUGAGCCCAUAGCUGCUUCCUUCCAGCUGCCUCUGGAACCUAGGCCGAGCAUAUUGCUGGGGAAGAGGGUACAAGGUGCCAGAGGACUGGGUCUGGUCGACAAGAAACGAGACUUGUGGUCGCGACUGGCUCUGGCCUUGGAGAAAGAUGUAAAUCUUGUCUGAAGCAGAGACUAUAAAGAAGUUUCUCCCUGCUGUUAAGGGUACAUUGUUGACAAGCAAAUGGUGUUCCGGUUAGUAACGGUUCUAAGUGCAAUGAGUCGUGUUGAAGCCUCUGUCUCCUGUCCUUGCCUGUAGCCUGUAGUCACUUGUGCAGUGGGGACAUCUUUUUACACACACACACACACACACACACACCCUCCCCCCCAAAAAAAGUUUUCUUUUCAGAGGAAAAAAAGUGAAAAGAACCAAUCUCAGAGCCCCAAGCCAUCUGAGUAGUAUUAGGGUUUUUAUGCACUUAAGAAGAAGGUAGGUAUGGAAAUGUUUGCCCUGUGACAACCAUUCCCAAAGCAGGUAUCUGGCCGAGAUGUGUCCACCAGGAAUACUCCCUACCUUUGUCUUAAAAUCACUGAGAAAUAGGCAGGGAUGGCAAAACUUGGAAUGUGCUCUGGCUGAGGGGUGCCUGGCUCUCUGAAGAAGAGCUCCUGGUCAACUCUUGAUGAUUCAGGAGCAGAUGAUCGUAGUAGAUUGUCUGAGCCCCAAGCUGUUCCCACCCUUCUCCCCUCCCCAAGCUGUCUCACAGCUCAGUAACCCAGAAAGGAAGUAGGCAAAGAAAAGAGAAAUAAGUGAGAUGGGCCAAUUGCAUUGCUACUUAUCAGCUGUUGGCAAUAAAUUUGAUUAGCAAGGAUCCCAAGUGUUUUGGGAAUUCUUUGAAUUUUAUUUUUUCUACUCCCAGUUAAUCAGGAGUUGAUCAUCCCGUGAAUAGGACCACCUCCAUGAUUAGGGAGCACGCACUUGUGACUGCAGGGUAAGAGUGGAAAGAUACAUUUGUGGAGUGGCACCGACAGGACUGUGAUUGUGUGUGGGCAUGUCCCACAUUUCUUUGGGGGAUGCUUAUUUGAGAGUGGCCCAGGUGAGAGAGUUAAAAAGCCACCCACACACCUAACACUGUUCUGGAUGAGAGAUGCGAGCAGACUGGCUUCUCCCCAUCAGUGCAUUGUGCCUGUUGUACGCCCCUGGAGGAGCCCUGGAGCCAGCCCAGGUGGGGUACACAAUCUUUUUAAAUUCCAUACGGUUGCCAGCUUAUUUCUUUCACUUGUUUACUGUAAUAUCCGGCGUGUUUUUAUUUAUCUAAUUUUGUAUUCAGUUAUAACCAUGGUAGGGGUAGCAAAUAUAUGACAGGUGUAAUCCCUGGUGCUGCAGUGGACCUUACUUCUUUUCUUUUGGACAAGAUAAUACUGUGAGUCUCCCUCCUUCCUUCCAAUUUGUUUUCUUCUUUUUUUCCCCAGCCUCUUGCAUCCCCUUCUUUUCUACCCUCUCCUACAACUAUCAUAUGCACAGUCUUCUCUCUUUGUGUGUGACUGUUACAAAAUUUCACUUUUUCAAAAUUGAAAUCAGGUGUUUGCUCAAAUGAGGGGAGAUUUUUUUUUUUUUUUUUAAUGCUGAAACCUCAGCAGAAUACUUUUCUUUUUGUUGUUUCCCCCACAAACCCAUCAGUCUGGGAGAGCGUUGGGAGUGGAAAUCAUGUUGCCUGGGAUGCUGGUUUCUUUGUAUAUUAUAUAAAACGUAUGUAAAUGUCUCUCCAUUUGGGCUGGGGUUUGCAUUCUCCCCUUGGCUUUAGCCAAGGGGAGAGGCCAGCGGGCAGGCGGCCCUCACCCUGCCUGGCACGUGCAGAGACCCCAGCCACUCUGUGUGGGCAGGGUGCUGUCAAGACCAGACCUCUGGGGGGGGUGGGGGCGGGGGGGUGGGGGGAACUCUUGGAAGGGAAGAAGUAUCACUUCUUUCUCAAGUGGAGUGUUUACACCUUGCUGUAACAUUUGAACUUUCACAAGAGAUGUAAUAAUUUUGAUAAUAAAAUUCUUAACCAUAA